AUGGCGCCUGAGCAUGGAUCAACCUCGUCCCAGGGACCUCUGAUGAAGCUUCCAGUAUCAAAUCCUUACGACACGCGCCAUGACCAGUAUGGAACCCCGUCAGGUUGGGACGGGUGUGCUCAAACUUCCAUGUCGUCUUCAACUUCACCACUAGCUAGACGCAUGGCGGACCUCACCUUGUUUCUCUGCCCUUGUUGCGGCUGGGAUUCAAGACAAUCAGACGGCUACCAACAGCUGUCAAGUGCUGCGCCUGUGGUAUCGAGUCCAGAUGCGCCAUAUGUAGCAGAAAAGCAACCAUCUAUGACGAUGCCAUCUUCUGAGGCGUAUGAUAAUACUGUUCUGAGUACUGGGCAACAGCCAAGCUAUCACUAUCAACAGCCCGAACUGAAUGUUGCGCCUCUUGUCACUUUCCCUCUUAUUCCUGACCAAACAACAUUAGCUGAGCCUUUGAUGAGUGACACUGGCCCAACUCAGCAAGCUCUUUUACCAGGAGGGGAUUUCUACCCUGGACAAACCUUCAAAGAUGAAGCACCGCUGGAGACUCCAGUAAUGAUGAGCAAUCAACACCUAUUGUCCAAGAACUUUUCCCAAGUUGAAUAUAGCUCUGACCCGAAUCUUAUUGACACGACCGCCCUCACUCACCACGGUCUUGUCCCUACCGAUAGCGUUUCCCAAUAUGGCAUGCUUGUCAACGGACAGAACGGUGAAGAGACAGUGCAGAACGGCUGGUCCCUUGUUGAUCAGCAUCCCAACUUUGAGAUCUUACUUCCCAACCAACGAGGAGGAAAGCGAGGCCCAUUCAAAGAUCCUAAUCUCCGUGAACAAACUGCACAAACCCGAAAGAUCGGUUCAUGCAUCAGAUGCAGGAUGCAAAGAAUACGCUGUGAAAACAACCCAGAGGAGGAGGGGGGGCCAUGCUUGACCUGCAAAAAGGUCUCCAACUCAAGGGCAGGGCGCUUUCCGUGUCUCAGAUACAAGAUCACGGAUAUCCGACUUUUCAAGCCUGGUCAAGUUCCUGGAUAUGAAUGGACGCGAAGAUGGACCAACAAUAUUUCGGAUCCAAUACAGAGUUGGGCGACUGAAGAGCCGAGAACUAUUUAUCUCUCUGGGGGGCUGUCGAACAAGUGCGUCAAAGUCAAGGUUCAACGGUUCAUUCCCCAGGCUGGCGACAAGUUGGAGCGCACAUGGGAUUACCAGGGAGUCAAGAAGUCGGUGACAAUCCCUCCGUAUGCAAUGGUGAACCUCGAGGAAGUAAAAUCUGAGUACCUGAACCACAUCGAGAGCACCAUGCAGGACGCUUUCACCAAGCUGCUUGGAUCACCUGAUGGCCUCCUAUUUCGAACUUACCUGCGUGCAUGGAAGAUUUUCAAGGACCCAUCCACGCCGCCCGAGUGCGCUGAUCUGCUCCAUCAGACUCUGUUGCUAUGGAUGUCAAUCCGUUUGACAACCAGGUCGAGCUUCAUUGUUGGGCAAGAGACGUUGGGUAUGAAGGCGAAUAUCCUUGACGCGACUAAUCCAAAUCACGGCCGCAUUCCCCUUCCGCCAGUUCUUGGAGCCCAGAUGGAUCUUAUUCUGAUCCAUCACAUCCAGACCAGAUUGCGAAGAGAGCUGCUAGAUAAAUUGCAGAAGAUGAUGUCGAAGAACAAGCAAAGCACUUGGCUGGUUACAUACCUUGUUAUCUUCAUCCUCCUGCACAACACAGCUCUCAUCACAGCGCACGACGCUGGGUAUGCAAAGAAGCACGGUAUGAAGCGGCGUUUUGCGCGUGAAGAAAAGGUCAAAGAAUAUCAUCUAGGUUGCAAAGACCAAGAUCUGCGAACCCUCGCAGGCCUUGAUGAGGAGAAGAUCAAGUUUGUGCACGACACAAGCACCAUGGCCAGAAAAUAUGCGACGCCAUGGGAGAAACUUCGUGAGGCAGCUGUGUACGAGCAUGAUUACUUCUUCGUCAGCCAGCUGUUUGAAACCAACUGGCAGCCUCGAGCAACGAUAUGA